CUGCGUCUUUCUCACGACUGGCGCCAUUGUUUAUACCGGUUGAUAAAAUAAUUUGUAAUCCAAGCCAUCAUGAAAUUAGUGAGAUUUUUAAUGAAGUUGAGUCAUGAGACUGUCACUAUAGAAUUAAAAAAUGGUACACAAGUUCAUGGAACAGUUACUGGUGUUGAUGUUUGUAUGAAUACACAUUUAAAAGCAGUGAAAAUGACAAUUAAAAAUAAAGAUCCAGUUCAAAUAGACACUUUAAGUAUUCGUGGAAACAAUAUUCGUUAUUUUAUAUUACCUGAUAGUUUACCGUUAGACACUUUAUUAAUAGAUGAUACACCAAAAGCAAGACAGAGAAAACGAGAAGGAGGUGCCAUGGGCAGAGGUCGUGGUGGUAUGAGAGGAGGACGAGGGGGUAGAGGUGGAAGAGGAGGCAGGGGUGGUCGAGGGCGUGGCAGGAGAUAAUCCCCCCUGUUAUUGUUUCAUUCUGUAUAUAUUAACAUUAUCAUGUGUAAAUAUUUUUUAUCAUGUCAAAAUGACAUACAAAACGUUCAAUUGACACGAGUAAAUAUUGUGAUUUUAGUUGUAUUGUAAACAGAAUUGCCAAAACUUGGUAAGAACUUUCAUGCCGGAACCAACUUGGGUUCUUGGUGUGUAAAAUCUUAAAGGCAUGAUGGUUUUGCAUUCAGUUAUAUGAAACCUGUUGGCCUGUAUUGAAACCUGUUCAGCACAGUUUAGAAGAUUUUGCUAUCUGAAUGCAGGCUUGCCUGAUGUAAAUGUUGGAAAUAUAUGAUAAGUUUUGUCUGCUAUAAUAACUAUUCAUGCAAACAUUUGUCUCACCUCUCAGCUUCUUUACUUUAUAUAUUAUUUGUAAAUUUUGUUUGUGCUCUUUUUCUUUAUCUACAAUAGAUUAUUGUAAUGGGCAAUUAAAUGUAGAUCAAAUAAUUCUGCAGUCUUUGGUUUACUUUGAUGUAUUAUAUUUAGAAAAUACAUUAUUAGGAUAGCAAACUCAAAUAUUUUUUAUGCCAUAGGUCUAGUCUUUAAAUCUUACAACAAAUUUUUGUCGGAAGCCUCAUUUUUAACAUGCAAUUUUCACACUUCUGACAAAUUUUUAUUGCAAGAUUUCAGGAAAAUCUAAUUCUGAAAAAAAGUUCACUUCAGUACUAAAGGGAUAGUCUUCAAAAUGUCUGUUUUAUCAGUCAACAAAACUCAAUAUCUGUUAUUUGUGCUACUUUCUAGUAUUGAAAUCUGUUGUCUCACAAAAAUGGAAUGUGUGAGUUUAAACUGUUGUCCUCACUGGACAGUAUUAAUAAGAUGAUUCUGCACAUGAAUAUUGAUCUUGAGAUAUGACAUAGAUACUUAUUGUAUAAGAACUAGGUGUAUGCUUUAAUUUCUGAAAUGUGCUGAAAUUGAGCUCUUAUCAGCUCGCAAGCAAUAUUUAAAUGAAUAUUUUCAAAUGAAUAUGUUUUUCAUGUCAAACCUUGAAUCUAUAAUCUAUUUUCAUAUUGUUUUGUAUACCAAAUCAAGAUUUAUCAUUUCAAAAAGUGGUUGAGUUCUCAACAAAUUAUACUUCAUUAAAAAAGAUAUCACAUUUUCAA